CACCAGAUGCAGGUGAAGCGGGACAAGAUGGAAGGUCUGCCACGCCAUAAAGACAUCAUGGCAUGUUUGACUGCGGCCAAAACUCGCAUCCCUCAGCUCCUGGACGUGAUGACCAGCAAUCCGACUCACGCAACCCGGAGCCUGCUCUAUGGGUACAUGACCCUCAAUUGGAGCUGCAUUUAUGGGCACCGUCCGGGGGUCUACUCCAACAUGACCAACACGGAGGUCCUAAAGGCGGAGAUAACUGGCACUGCCUUUGGCCACCUCAUCCACGUAAGCAACCACAAGACGGCCAACGCGUUCGGGGAAGCGCAGAUGUACCUCACCAUAGAAGAAUUUGGAUGGAUGAAGAGGUGGCUGGAAAUCAAGGGGACGCUGACCGGCACCAACAACCGCUACUUCCUCUGCAUAGCGGGGAAGAACCCAUCGAGGAACCUUGCCACCUUCCUGAGGUUGGCAUGGGCUGAUGUUGGACUAAAAGGUCCCAUUAACUUCACCGACCUCCGCACAGUCCACGCCGAUAAUGCGAAGAGGUUUCAGGACAUAAGCAACCGCCAAAGAGUGAGUGAUUUCAUGUGUCACAACACUGCAACUGCAGACAAAUUUUAUGCCAAGAAUCCUUCUUUGAAGGAGGCUGCGGACAUACGAAUGCUCUUCACAGAGUCACUGCAAGCAGCGGCCGCAGCAGCAUCAGGGGUGAGUGAAGACAAUUUGGGGGACAUUGACAUCCACAGUGACCGUGACAGCUCUGGAGAGGAGCAUAGCCCUACUCCCUACCAAGACUCCACCGAUACCGAGACGUCAGAUGAAUUAUACAAAGACUUCAACGCUUGGAGAGCGGCGAAGAGGGAACAGUCAAUGGCCGAACACAGUCCCUCAGACACGGGUGAAGAGAGGGUGCCAGCCUCUGCACCAACUUCACCCGAUACGGACAAUGUUGCCAGUGACCAACUUGUAAAUAUGCAAUGUUUUGUUGUACUCAGUCCGCUUGUGCUGGAUGAGUUAAUAAUGUUAUAAUGUUAUAAAGUGUCAAUGUAUAUAUUUCUGUAAAUAAAGUUUGUUAAAAUUA